AUGAGGAGCCAAGAGGCUGGCUGGGCGCCCCUAAAGCCAGGAAUAGUUGCCACUGAUGAUUGUGGCCUGUGGUCAGCACAGUCUGUUAGACUCUUUCUCUUGUCUGAGGCUCAGAGAGGGCAGUGGUGUGCCCAAGGCUGUACAGCAUCUGUCCUCCUGGCCAGCCCCAGGGCCGUGACACCUGUGGCACAGAGUGGUGCUCUGGGCUCCUCCUUACCCAGCCCCACAGGAACAAACCCAGGCUCUGUUCUACUACCCCCGCCCCCAAAUAACAGAGCCGACCCCUCUCUCACUGAAACCACACUCACUGGUACAGAACCAAGAGGCAACGAACAGAGAAAAUACCUGGCAGAGGCACCCAGCAAGCCCCACAUCCUGGUCCUACAGUUGUUCUCCCAAGGCCACAAUCAGGUGAAGCCCGAGGUCCUCAGCCACCCGGAGCAGUUCUCUCUCAUCUACGCAGCACACCCCUUCAUCGUGCCUGGGGGGCGCUUCACCGAAUUCUACUACUGGGACUCCUACUGGGUGAUGGAAGGGCUGCUCCUCUCCGAGAUGCCCGGGACGGUGAAGGGCAUGCUGCAGAACUUCCUGGAGCUGGUGCGAAUCUACGGCCACGUCCCGAACGGGGCCCGCGUGUACUACCUGCAGCGGAGCCAGCCCCCGCUCCUGACCCUCAUGAUGGACCGCUACGUGAGCCACACCAACGACACGGCCUUCCUCCGGGACAGCAUCGGGACCCUGGCCUUGGAAUUGGACUUCUGGACGCAGAACAGGAUCGUCUCUGUGAGCUCGGGGGGGAAGAGCUACGUCCUGAAUCACUACGCCGUCCCUUAUGGGGGACCCAGGUAAGGAGCUGCCUGCCAGCCUCUCAGGCUCCUGCUGUUCACCUGGUUUGAGGGCCAGGGACGGACCCCGGCUCUCGGAGGCUGAUGCUGAGGAGGUGGGUGCCCAUGGAAGCCCUGGGGGCAGGGUGGCCCCAUGCUGGCACAGGUCUCCUGGCUCCCUGCUCCCCAGCGAGGCUGCAUAAGGACACAGGAAGGCUGCUGAAGAAACUUGUCCCGAGGUAUUGGCGAGGCAGUGGCUGCGGCCCUCCUGUCCUCGGCCAUCCCUGGGGCAGGAGAGGCCCCAGAGGACAGAGACACCAGGACUGGGGGCUGGGGCCUGUGGGGACGGCAGCGGUGGGAGAGCUCUGUUCUGGCAAGAGGGGGGUGCUGGCACAGUGAGGACCGGGAGAACAGCAGACCAGGAAGACCACUGUGGGGGCUUUGCGGCUUUGCAGCUUGGCCACCAGCCGGCAGCACCCCCUGGUCCUCCCAAGGCGAGACCCACCUGCGGGCCAAGGCUUAGAGGAGACAAGGAGCCUCGAGACCCCUCCCGCUGCUCGCCUG